UUAAUGACUUUUUUUUUUAUCAUGACAUGAAUGGUCUCCCUUCUAUAUAAUCAGGGCUUCUCCAUGAUUUAGUCCUCCACCAUGGGAGGAAGCAUGAAGGUUCAUCAGUUCGCACGUGGACUCUGGGAAGCGCACGAGCCAUCUCUAACCCUUGGCUGCAAACGUUUACGCCCUCUGGCUCCCAAACUCCAACCCAAUAGCCCUGACAGUAGUACUAUUAGUUCCUCUGCUACUACUUCUCCAAACUCUAUUGCUCCCUUCGAUCUCAAGAUCUUCAUUAGACCUGAAAGUGGUCCUCGAAAGCUUGGAUCUUCUCUUGAUCACCACAAGAAAGAUUCAUCUCAGGUUGAAACACACCCGGGUGGGACACGGUGGAAUCCAACGCAAGAACAGAUAGGAAUACUGGAGACGCUGUAUAGGGGAGGAAUGCGGACUCCGAAUGCCCAACAAAUCGAACAAAUCACGGCGCAGCUUGGUAAGUUCGGGAAGAUUGAGGGCAAAAAUGUCUUUUACUGGUUCCAAAACCACAAGGCUAGGGAGAGACAGAAGCAAAAGCGUAACAGCCUUGGCCUCAGCCAUAGUCCACGAACUCCCACCAGUACGAACACCAACACCUCCAACACCAUACCUGCCGUUACCGUAGCUUUAGACACCAGCAGGCUAGGGGGAGAGUACGUAGUAGAAAGAGAGCAAGAGGGUUGUACUAGUCCGUACAAGAGAAAGUGUAGGAGCUGGGGAUUCGAAUGUUUGGUAGAAGAUUAUAGUAGAUUAUGUUAUGGUAAUAAUGAGGAGGAGGAUCAGGAUCAGGAGGGAGAUAGAACUCUGGAGCUUUUUCCAUUGCACCCGGAAGGAAGAUGAUCAUGAUGAUGGGGAGUUUUUAGGAAAAUAAUAAUAAUAUAGUAGUUUAAAUUCUUGGGGUAUAUUUUCAGCUUUAAUGUUUCUAUGCCAUCCUUAUAUUAGCUACUUUGAUUAUCCGUCUAUCUAUCUAUCUAUCUAUCAUGUGCUAGCUUUUGUUCACUUUUCUUUUUCUUUCUUUUUUCUUCCCUUCGGGAAAAGAAGAAAAAGAGAAGUUGUCUCUUUGUACUACUGAUAUGAUCUGAUAUCUGCUGCUUAUUGGAAACAAAGCGCGCUUUGUCACUGAUCUUUAUUCCAA